ACGAUUUUGGGUUGAUCAAUGUCUUGUAAGUGAAACUUGGAAGUGGAAUCUACUAAUAUUUCUUCUUUGGUAAUAAAGUUGAUCGGUCGGUUGGUUUAACAGCACAAGAUUGUUCUUGUGUGUUUAGUUGAUUCCUCACUUCUGCAAGCAUUCGGACCAGCUCUCCAGUUUGAGGAUAACCUAAGAGCCAGGCUUUUCCCCCACCCCACUAUUCUCCAUGUUCUAGGGAAAUAUCUAUUCUUGUCUGACCUAGCCAUAAAAAUAUUUUCUCCAAAAUUUAUUGUGUAAAACUAUGUAAGUUAUCAUCUUAAAAUACGUCACCGUAAUACCAUUUAACCCUUUGUUGACUUUUACAACUUAAUGAAAAAGGGCAGGACAGUUCCCGUGAUUAUUUAUUUCAGGGCUCCCCAUUGCUAAUGGGAAGGAGUUAUGUUAGUUGUAACAAACAUAUUUAUCAUUCUACAAAAUUUGCUAACGCCCAUUAGAUGCACUCCAAUAUGCAGUGCUUAAUCAUGAGGUUCAGUGAGUUAAUCUGGACACAUUCUGUAUUCUUGACUCAUUUAUUUAAUGUGGCCUACAUUAUGUAUAGAGCUUUAAGUAACAAUUUCCCCAUAUCUUGCCCUCGAAGCCAUACGAGUUUGAUAUCCUGGGACUAUUAAAAUUCAACCACUUCCCAGCAUCACUUCACCCUUUGACAAGGAAGACAGAAUCACAAAAAAUAAAGUUCGACGGAGUUAUCUCCCCAUCAAUAUUUGGCGCACUCUUUUAAUGGUUCUUCUUCUUCCGUAAUCAACCAAUGUCGUCCACAGACAGAACUGUCUACAUUUAAAGGCUAUAUUUAUUAACUCCAUUAGCUAAUAGUUUAUUAUCUUGAUGCAAAGUCUUCUCAAGUCGUAGAAAUUACGGAAGGAAAUAAUAUCAACCAUGAACAAUCCCAGCAAACACUAACUGGAAACCACUUGGUCUCUUUCUCUCUUUUUUGUUAUGUAUUUAUUUCCCCGAAGAAGUCGAAGUUGCGGAGAAGAUUUGGUCUGUGAUAUAUUUUUUUAAAAAAGACUAUCCUUCUAUUAAAGGAUAUCUUUAUGUUGUUUGUUACUGGUGAUCUGUCUUUAUUAUUAUUAUAACAAAUGGAUUAUUGGUUAUAAACAUUGAACGAACAGCUGAGCCGAAUCUGUCAUUGUGUGAAGAAAAUAAAAAGACUCCCAUGAUUUGUUGGUCAAAAUGUAUUUAAGGGAAACAUGAACAACAAACCGUAUUUCUUACCCUCAGAAGUAGCAAGGCUGGUAUUAGGGUAUUUAACAGACCUGGGUCUUGCACAGACAACAAAGGUUUUCCUUAAGGAAUGUAAGGACCUCAGUGAAUAUAACGAAUUAAAGAAGAGAGGCUAUGCAUAUCCUACGGAUAUAAUGGGUUUCAGUCUAGUGAAGAUGUUGGACAAUUUUGGAUUCAUGAAAACUCAAGCUUUUGAACGUUAUAAUUCCUGUUCAUCCAUUGAUUCCCUAUGGAGAGAUAUCGAAGCCCUUUUAGAAAAGCUGAAAUAUCGAACAUUUCAAAACCAUUCCAGCAAGACUGUUGCAACAAUCUCCAAAAUUAGAACUCAACAAAAGAUUCAGAAAGGAGACACAUUUACAAUUCUUCCUGAAAAAAUUGGUGAUGAAUUGUUAUCCACAACUCAUUCUUCAAGAAAUGAUUUGGUUAAAAAGUUGAAGCAAAAUAGCGUCACUCUCAAGAAGCCAAACAACUACCAAUAUCUUUUAACGACGAAAAAUCAACAAGAGGAAUCACUGGAAAAUUUAGACUGUGAUAUAAUUUCUUUGAAUUCACCCCACCAACCACCACCACCACCACCGGAUGAAGAAGAAAUAACCGAGGAAGGAGAGGCAGAGGAAAGAAAUGAUGAAGAUGUGUUACUUGAAAAAGGGAAGGUUCCAGAAUCUGGUAAUGACAAUAACCAGGCAACCAGCAGCAAGAAAUCAGGAUCUUCAACUGGUUCAGAUAUUCUACAGAAUGCCAUAACAAUCUCUGGUAUGUUAGCUUCUGAUCCAACACCAGAGAAUGUGAAGGAACUGUCUAAUGAUAAACAACAGAAUGCUCCUAAGAAACCAGCCUCUGUGGAACUUGUUGCCGAUAAAAGAACUUUAAAAGAUGGCUCCUUUGCUAAUUCUUCACCACUGUCAUCUUCUUCACCACCACCAUCAUCACCUUUAUCACCACCACCACCAUCGCAACCAUCAUCACCACCACCUUCAUGUUCACUUUCUACUCUACCAUUGUCAUUGUCACCAUUAUCAUCAUCAUCAUCAACUCCAACAACAGCAGCAGCUUUAACAACAUCUACAACAGGCCCAUUGACAGAACUGACCACAACUACUACCACCACCACCUCUGCAACCAUAUGCCUCUCUGAAAAACCUGCAAGGGAUCCAUCAUUAUUAUCAAAUACUCAAUCACCUGACGAGACCAAACAGUCAUCUGCAGAAUGUGUAUCUGUGUUAGAAACGGGCCCUAGUGUUGAUGUGGCCCCUUCACCUUCAACUCCUGUCUCUCCUUCCACCACUGCCACCUCCACCACCACCACCACCACUGCUGAUACAACCACUACUACUUCUGCUGCCUCCACCACCACCACCACCACAUCAUCAUCAUCAUCAUCAAAUCUUCCUGUGAACAGUCUCUCUUUAUUUACCCCCUCUUUCACCACCUCACCCAGUCUGAUCACCUCAGUGACCCAACCCAACUUUUACAGUAUGGCCGGUUUGGCAUUCACCCCAACAAAGACCUCGCCUAAUAUUUAUCGAACUCCAGUGAAGUCUUCCUCUCAGAAAGCUCCCCAACAUUUGUACGAAACAUUAAAUACUCCCGUCCGAGACAGAGAUGCCCCCUUCUUUGACUCGCUGACUCCUUCGAAACAACUGGAAACGGAUUAUGCAAAAUCAAAACGGAAACGAUGUCCACCGGAGAAAAGACCUCUGGAUAUUUUCACUGCUGGACCUUCCCAGUUACGAGCGGAUUCCAGUAACAGUCAAGACGGUUCUUAUAACAAAGAUUCUAUUCCGACAUUUGUUGAAAAAGUUAUUUCUGAGACCAGCCUAGCUAAAGCGCUGGCUGCCAACAUCAACAAGAAACUUUAUGGUGAUUCAAAGUUGGAUUUAGCAUCAAAGAAUGGUGAACAGAAACAAGUGGAAGAAAAACAGCCUGCAGACUGUGAUAAACUAAUGGCUGAUAUAUUAUUGACUGACUUCCAUAUGACCAAAGAUGACAUUGAAGAAGUUAUCAACCAGACAAGCAAUGAUGGGAUUCCAGUUCUUGAUGAUCUUCUCAAACUGUUUACAUCUGUUUCUGAUGAAGGCAUCUCUGAUGAUAAUUCUUAUCAAGGUAUUGAACUUGAAGAAACCAAUUCUUAUUCCAGUCAUCUUCACAAAGACACUGGACAACGGUCAAAAAUGUCUUCUCUUGAGAAUGCCAAUGCCAUCCAUACCAGUUCUUCCAAUGAUGAAAAUAAUGAAAACCGAAUAAAUCGGAAGGCACCAAGCACAUUCUUACAAAUUGUUGAUAAACUUUGUCCAGAUGAGUCCAGUUCACAUUCUCAAGACAAUUCUUUAGACCAGAAUUCUAUUGAGGAAAAACAAGAUGAUGAAGUGCCGUCAACUUGUGAUAUUUCUAGCCUAACAGAGAAUCAACCUGAUGUCCAAAAUGUGGAAAGUUCCAGCAAAAUCAGUGAAACUGAGUCUGAACAUUUACCUGCCAUUCAAAAUAAAAGCAAAGAUUCUAAGACUUGCAAAAAUUUCACUUCAAUCGAAGGAAGAGAAGGCAAUUCAAUUCAAUCUCCAGUUUUACAUAACCAAGUUUCAUCACCACAAAUGUCUGCUGCAGUGGGUGUGUCUUCUACUGCAGUGGGUGUGUCUUCUACUGCAGUGGGCGUGUCUUCUACUGCAGUGGACAUGUCUUCUACUGCAGUAGGUGUGCCUUCUAUUGCAGCAGGUGUGUCUUCUACUGCAAUGGGCAUGUCUUCUACUGCAGCAGGCGUGUCUUCUGCAGUGGGCGUGCCUUCUACUGCAACGGGUGUGUCUUCUACUGCAGUGGGUGUGUCUUCUACCACUACUUCUCUCUCUGCUAAUACAGUAAUACAACCUACUGAUGAUGUAAGAGACUUCUGUGAGCAACUCUUAACAACCAACACCUCAGCAGCAUCUCCUUCGUCCUCUUCUGUACAACAGAGUUCCAAUUCUUCAACACAACUGAAAUGUCCAGUGAAAACAAUCGCAGUUGCACGUCUUACAUAUACAUCAGCUUCAACUAGCGCUGCAGAAGGAACUACUUGUGUUGCUUCUAAAAGCAAUUCUUUGAAAGCAUCUGUUGCUCUCCAUUCUGUGCCAGUGGCACCGAUCGCAAAUAGUAAUUUACAAGUUCUGUCUCACACAAAAGACACAUUAGGAAACAAUGUCCCUUUCCCAUUGUCCCUUCCAUUUCAACCAGUCCAGUGUUUGACCUCUACACUAGUCCCUUCAACUAAUCCCGCUUUCGUUUUGUUAACUCCUUCUAAAAUACAACCACCUUCUGCUGACAGUAAUUGUGAACAACCAGUUCAAAAAGGUGCCAGUGAAAUUACCAACACCCUACCUGUAGCUCCACCCCCUAAUUCCUUUCCAUCAAACGUUCAUGUUGUGAGACUGCAGCCUAACAAUACCCUACAACCUUCAUCACUAAAUGCUUUCUCCUUAAAGAAUGUGCCUUCUGCAGUGAAAUUGAUUGAUCAGUUACCCAGUGGAGCCCCUAAUUACUCGAAUGUGAAUGUUGCUGUCACAACAGCUGUUGUACCAUCUCAAGUAACAUCUGCAAUUUUCAACCCUGUCCUAUCCCAACCUUGUAUUACCAAUAUGAUAUCGUCUCGACCGAUUACAUCAUUUAUUCCUGUUAGGAAUUGCAUUCUGCAAUCCAACCAAACGGGAAUUCGCAGAGUUUCAAAAACAGACAGCAUUAAAAAGAGGAAAAGUCGACAACCAACAGACACAUCUUCAGCAACGCAAACGAAAUUUCAACCAAUUGCUAUGAUGAAGCCACCUGCAAGUGUAAUUCCAUCAAAAGUCAUUACGUUGAGUUUACCAGUCGUUUCUGAAGAAACCAUUGUUUCCCAUCAAAAGGAAGACAAGAAUAUUGUUCUGGCUAGAGCUUCUGAUGAUACUUUAACAAUUGAAAUGAAACCAAAUACAGACAACAUUAUCUUGAAGAUGAAAAACCAACAGACAAAUAAAAUAUCAAGUUACUCGAUGGAUGCCAAAAGUGUUCGUGAGCAACUUAGUAAUUUUAUUGGGACACCAAUUCUAACAGAUUACAUUCUGAAUUGUAUGUCUAAAAUAGAAUCUGCUUCCAUUCACAACUGUGACAAGGAACCGUUGCCAAAAAGACUGAAACCGUUAACUUUGGCUUCAGCUUCUGACUCGGAUCCAAAAUUUUCAGAAUUAAGAAAUUGUGGCAUUUCUUCCACAAUGGGUGAUAGUGUUGAUUCUGUUCAUCUGGAUGAUGGAGGCAAAAUUGUUUCAAAAGCUGGUCUUGAUGCUACAGUUUGUAAUAAUAAUGUCAGAAGUAAUGAGAGAGAAUCUACGUCUGUUGAUGGUAACAAAAGUACUUUUAUAACGAUGGACCGAGUAGGCAACUGUAAAAUGGCUUCACAUAUUUAUCCGAGUCAGGGGUUGAUUAACAGUGCCAAAACCCAAUAUCUUUCAAGGACAAUUUUAACAGGGUCAAGAAUAGGACAGUACACCAAUACUUCUUGUCACAUGUCUGGACUUGUAGGACGACCUUUAAGAAAGAUAGUUAGUGGGUUCCGGCCUAAGUCUGUUAUGGGAGGUGGCGUAUCCACAUCAGAACCUACUGACAAAAUGGUCAGCCAAAAGGACAAUGCUGCAAAUGUUGAUGUUAACCCCGAGAUAGGGGAUCAUCUUAUCGAAGAAGAUGAACAGGUGGCUAUAGACAUUCUAUCGACUCUACGCUACAAUUGUAGCAAGUCUUAUGAAAGUUCAUUGACGCCAUCUUCACUGUCAGCAGAUUCUGCUGAUAUUAACAUCACACAACAACACCACCACCACCACCAGACAUCAAACAUUAGAACCAAAACAACUACCACCGCAUCUUCUAAAUGUGCCAGUCCACCAUUAAAUCUAAGCGACACUGUAGGUUACGUGCAUCCGCCAGUGCGUUUUACUAGUCCACUGCAGCCAUUUGCUCUUUUGCCCACAUCACCACUGACCACUCCUAACAAACAGACUUUUGCUACCACCACCACCACUACUACUACUACCAGUAUCACCACUGCCACCACCACAAUCACCACCCCCACAACCUCAUCCUCAACAGAUAAACACAACUUCAGUCAUAGAGAGGUGCAAAGGCAAAGUGUGAAGAAAAGUGUCAGAAAGAAAAAUAAUAAUAAAAACAAUGAAAAUGUAAAGAAAAAGAAAGGAAUAAAAAGGAAACUUUAUGUUGAUGAUGAUGAUAAUGAUAAUGAUGAUGAUAAGGAGAGGAAAAAGGGGAACAGGAAGGAGUGUGUAGAAUCCGAGAUUUCAUUAAGUAAGGUAAGAAAGAGUUUUAUUAUUUUAUUGGUUUCAGUCAGAAGGCUGAGGUCAUACUGGGCACUAAAUAACGGUCACAACAAUGAUUAUGAGCCAACAAAAGAAGUCCCUACAUCCCUCCUCAAACUUCACCCAAAGUUUGCUUCAUCAAAGAGACCAGAAGCUAGUGUUGAAGGUAGUGGAGCAACACAUGCCUCCACUCGUGCCAAUGUGGACAGUCCAGGUUCUCAGACAGACCAAACUGGACAUUCACUCAACAUCUCACAAGUAACUCCUAAGGACACAAUGCUGUCCACUGUAAAUACCCAACACCAAAUAUCUUUACGUCCAGCCAAAUGUUCAUGA